AUGCUCAACGCUGGUUCUACGCGUUUUCAUAGCAGGGUAUUCGAUUCUCUGCUGCCUGGUAUGGUACACGGACUGGAUCAAGUGGCUGCCCACCGCAUACCCAUAGUAUCCAGGAACAAAAUGGAACAAAGAAGCCUCGAGCAAAUCAGCUGUGGCAGCCUUUGGCAGAGCUUUAAAAUGCUUGAAAGCCUUUCAGAUCUUUCAGGUGUUCGAAAGCUCACUUCAAUUGAGGACGUUAGGUCCGUCUUGCUGGUGAUCCUGGAAAAUCCUAAAGGAUCGGACCCCCAGUCCGACAAGAACUAUCACAAGCAGUAUCGACGAAUCCGGACAAUCCAACUGUUUCAUGCAUGGUUUGUUGAUGUUUGUUGUCAAACUCAGCUGCCUGCAUUGUGA